AUGUUUGGCUGUGAAGUGGGGCCCGACGGGCGCCUCCUCCGCGGGUACGAACAGUGGGCCUAUGACGGCGCCGAUUACAUCGCCCUGAACGAGGACCUGCGCACCUGGACGGCGGCGGACACGGCUGCUCAGAUCACCCAGCGCAAGUGGGAGGACUCUGGUGUGGCCAAGAAUUGGAAGGCCUACUUGGAGGGCAUGUGUGUGGAGUGGCUCCGCAGGUACCUGGAGAACGGGAAGGAGAUGCUGCAGCGCGCAGACCCCCCAAAGACAGAUGUGACCCACCACCCCAUCUCUGACCGUGAGGCCACACUGAGGUGCUGGGCUCUGGGCUUCUACCCAGCGGAUAUCACCCUGACCUGGCAGCGGGACGAGGAGGACCAGACCCAGGACAUGGAGCUUGUGGAGACCAGGCCUGCGGGGGACGGGACCUUCCAGAAGUGGGCAGCCAUCGUGGUGCCCUCUGGAGAGGAGCAAAGAUACACAUGCCGUGUGCAGCACGAGGGGCUGACUGAGCCUCUCACCCUGAAAUGGGGUGAAAGGGGACGGGGGCGGAACUUUGUCUCAGGGAAAGCAUGAGCCUUUUGGAGGCUU